UAACGGUACUUACUACAUAUAACAAGAACUAGAAAGAUACGCGUAUGUAUAAUUACAACGGCGCACAACAAAGUACAUAAUCUUUAUUAGUGUACUGUUUUAUACUAUGUAUUGAUAACUAAUCACAAUAGUCUGAGCAUAACCACGCGUUUGAAUGGCACGUUGACACACCCUCCCAAUAUUAUAACAUUCACUACUGGCGCAUGUAUUUGCGGUUGGUCUCGUGGCGCCAUCUAUCGCACGCUUGUAUUGAUUGAGAGAAGCAUCGAAUCGGCAGUUCUGCUUUGUUCAGUAAUGGAGGAUGGACGAGCAGUUUGCACCGACACUCAUGGAACAAAUUCUUCAUUACGGCCUGUUGCUCGGUGCUGUCUUCCAACUCAUCUGCAUCGCUGCUAUAUUUACGUCAAAGUCGAGUUACAAUUCUAAGAAGAUGGACGACAGCGACGGGGAGGACGCGUCGCCGGGCAACGCGAGUCCGGUCAAGCAGGCGCACGGUCACCGUAGGAACAAGCACGAGCGCAAGAAGCGCCGGUGACCACCGCCGCAGAUCCACGGACGGACGGACGAACAAACGGAUGGACGCCAGAGAAUCGUCACCUCCCCUCCCACCCGGCCGGUCAACCCGAGAGUGACCGGAGCACAGUGGAGGAGGGGCUUCCGUAGAUGGACGCUCGCUCCGGGUGCCAACGAUCGCCCGACGACGAUGGGACAGCGCGGAAUCCGACGGACGGACGGCGACGCGUGGCGGAGUGAGACUCGGAACGGAGCGUGAAGACCGGCGCGGAAUCCCGGAGCGUCGGACUGUCAGACGCCUGCUGUUAUUUGCGGCUGGCUGUUCGUUGUAACUUGUGUACAUUUCCCGAAAUUCCCCCCACCCCCCGUCGUUGCACCCGAACGGCUGCGACGCGCGCGUGCGUGCGCGGGCGGCCGGCGAACUUUAAUACUCUUACCUAUGCAACCAUGAAUCUAGGAAACAGGCUCACCGUCAGCAGUGCUCGUAAGUAUGUGUUUGUGAAGCUCAGCACUGUCGCAUGCUCACUCUUAUGGGGUUCGUGUGGGAACCCAACAACACUAGUGUGUCUGUACAUACGUCGAUGUUCUGUACAGUGUGUUACAAUGUAUGUACAUAAAUACAUAUGUAUAUAUAUAUAUAUAUAAUCUAUGUAUAAAACGAGGUAU